UUUCCCAUGCAACUUUCUUCAAUUCUUUUCGGUUUUCUAUUUGUUUAGGGAAGAAUUGGGGCAAAAGCAAAGGCUAAGAAACAAGUUCUAUCCCUAUGAGCUUGUGACCCCAUUCCAAAGAGAAGCAAAAAGGAGUGUCAGGAAAACGAUCAAACAGAUGUUAAAAGAGUGUAGAAGGGGGAAGAUGUUAAAGAGAAGAAACACUACAUUCAGUAAAGGCAGAAGUAAAGGAAAGCUGUCAAUCCCUCCCUCCUUUCUUUUAUAAACCAUCCUCAGAUCCAAACACAACUCUUAGACCAAAACACAACACAGAAACACAUAGUAGAAAGCAAAAUAUAGAAUCAACAAGAAUGAAGGGAAGAGAUGCCAAAGGAGCUCUUUCUGCAGAUUUACUGGUAUGUUUUCCUUCAAGGACCAGUUUAACCCUUAUGCCAAAAUCCAUUUGCAGCCCAGCAAGGUCCUUAGAAGCCAAAAAGCACCACAUCAAUCACAACCAGCAGCUCGUCAAGAGAGGCAGAACCAAAAGCUUUAGCCAGGGCAGUCCCAUGUUAUGGGCCAAAACCAAGGCAAUGGGCGCGGAGAUAUCCGAGCCUACGUCGCCAAAAGUCACAUGUGCCGGACAGAUCAAGGUCCGGCACAAGACUGGCUCGAUCAAAAGCUGGCAAUCAGUGAUGGAGGAGAUUGAGAGGAUUCACAAGAAUAAGAAGCACAAGAAGACGAAACCGAGUUGGGCCGAGGCUCUCGGGUUCAAGAAAGAUGUAAUGCACUUCCUGACGUGCUUGCGAAGAAUCCGAUUCGACUUCCGGUGUUUUGGGUCCUUCCCUCAAGCAGAUAUCACGUCUGACGAUGAAGACGAUGAUGAAGAAGAAGAGGAAGACAGAGAAGAAAACCAUGCGGGCGUUGAAGGAAGUGAAGGCACUGACGAAAAUUCCAGAACGGUUUUUUCGAAAUGGUAUAUGGUUUUACAGGAAAACCAGAGUGAUGGUUUUUGCAAACAAGAUAGAAUUCAGAGAGAUGAUAAGGCUAGUUUCGGGGACGAUGGAUCGACUUCUGAAGUACCCUCAGUUCCACCACCAAAUGCUCUGCUUCUAAUGAGGUGCAGGUCUGCUCCUGCAAAGAGCUGGUUAGAAGAGAAAGAAGAAGAAGAAGAAAACAAUGAUCAUGAAGAAAAAGAAGAGAAAGAAGAAUGCCAGGAAGCAAAUAUAUCUGAAAAACAAGAGAGAAAAGGCAAAAUUACUUUGAAGAGCUUAAUGGAUGAAGAAAAAAUGAAGAAGAUGAACGAGAACCUGGUGGUGAUGACAUACGGUUCUGAUUUGUACAACAUUUCAACUGAGAUUGCUAAGGAGACAUGGGUUGUUGGUGGAAUGAAAGAUCCGAUUUCGAGGAGUCGAAGUUGGAAGAGAUGA